UGAUUUUGUCUAACCUUUGGACUAAUUGGUUCAUCCUAACAUAUUUGCUCUGAUAUAUAAGAGCAUUGGACAUUGGAGAAAUUCACCUCUCCUUUUACGGCGAGGGCUCAGUACCUGAAAACAGCCAUGGAGUGGAAAAUACUUCCCAUUUACUUGCUGCUGCUUUCUGUUUUCUUGAUUCAGCAAGCUUCUUCUCAAGAUUUAUCAAGCUGUGCAGGGAGAUGUGGGGAAGGGUAUUCUAGAGAUGUCACCUGCAACUGUGAUUAUAACUGUCAACACUACAUGGAGUGCUGCCCUGACUUCAAGAAAGAAUGCACUGUGGAGCUUUCCUGUAAAGGCCGCUGCUUCGAAACCUUUGCAAGAGGGAGGGAGUGUGACUGCGACUCAGACUGUAAGAAGUAUGGCAAGUGCUGUUCCGAUUAUGGCACUUUUUGUGAAGCAGUGCAUAACCCCACAACACCACCUCCUCCCAAGACUGCACCUCCACCUACAGGAGCAUCUCAGACCACCAAAUCAACAACCAAACGUUCACCCAAAUCACCAAACAAGAAGAAGACUAAGAAAGUUAUAGAAUCAGAGGAAAUAACAGAAGAACAUUCUGUUUCUGAAAAUCAAGAGUCUUCCUCCUCCUCUUCCUCUUCCUCUUCAACUAUUCGGAAAAUCAAGUCUUCCAAAAAUUCAGCUGCUAAUAGAGAAUUAAAGAAGAAACCCAAAGUAAAAGAUAAGAAGAAAAGAACUCCUAAAAAUAAACCUACCCCAGAACCACCAGUUAUAGAUGAAGAUGGAAGUGGACCGGAUAAUGAUUUCAAGCUCACCCCAACUCCUAACAUUCCCACCACACAACGUAAUAAAGUUACCACAACUCCCAAGGCUACAACAGUAAAACCAACACUUCCUAAGCCCAGUCUGCCACCUAAUUCUGAUACAACUAAAGAGAUACCUUCGACAGUCAACAGAGAGACAACAGUUGAAACUAAAGAGACUUCUACAACAAAUAAACAGACUUCCACUAGCGCAAAAGAGAAGACAACUUCAGCUAAAGAGACACGAACUGCAGAGAAUACAUCUACUAAAGGUCUUGCACCAACACCUGAAGUUCCUGCUACAUCUACACCCAAAGCUGAAACUAUAACCAGAUCCCCUACACCCACCACCCCCAAGAAGCCUACUACCACCACCAAGGAGCCUGCUCCCACCACCCCCAAGGAGCCUGCACCCACCACCCCCAAGGAGCCUGCACCCACCACCCCCAAGGAGCCUGCUCCCACCACCACCCCCAAGGAGCCUGCUCCCACCACCCCCAAGGAGCCUGCUCCCACCACCCCCAAGGAGCCUGCUCCCACCACCCCCAAGGAGCCUGCACCCACCACCCCCAAGGAGCCUGCUCUCACCACCACCACCAAGGAGCCUGCUCCCACCACUCCCAAGGAGCCUGCACCCACCACCCCCAAGGAGCCUGCACCCACCACCACCACCAAGGAGCCUGCUCCCACCACCCCCAAGGAGCCUGCACCCACCACCCCCAAGGAGCCUGCACCCACCACCCCCAAGGAGCCUGCACCCACCACCAAGGAGCCUGCACCCACCACUCACAAGGAGCCUGCUCCCACCACCAAGGAGCCUGCACCCACCACCAAGGAGCCUGCACCCACCACCCCCAAGGAGCCUGCACCCACCACCCCCAAGGAGCCUGCACCCACCACCCCCAAGGAGCCUGCACCCACCACCACCAAGGAGCCUGCACCCACCACCCCCAAGGAGCCUGCACCCACCACCCCCAAGGAGCCUGCACCCACCACCCCCAAGGAGCCUGCAUCCACCACCCCCAAGGAGCCUGCUCCCACCACCAAGGAGCCUGCACCCACCACCAAGGAGCCUGCACCCACCACCCCCAAGGAGCCUGCACCCACCACCCCCAAGGAGCCUGCACCCACCACCCCCAAGGAGCCUGCACCCACCACCAAGGAGCCUGCACCCACCACUCACAAGGAGCCUGCUCCCACCACCAAGGAGCCUGCACCCACCACCAAGGAGUCUGAACCCACCACCCCCAAGGAGCCUGCACCCACCACCCCCAAGGAGCCUGCACCCACCACCAGGGAGCCUGCACCCACCACCCCCAAAGAGCCUGCACCCACCACCCCCAAGGAGCCUGCACCCACCACCAGGGAGCCUCCUGCACCCACCACCCCCAAGGAGCCUGCUCCCACCACCCCCAAGGAGCCUGCACCCACCACCCCCAAGGAGCCUGCUCCCACCACCAAGGAGCCUGCACCCACCACCCCCAAGGAGCCUGCACCCACCACCCCCAAGGAGCCUGCUCCCACCACCCCCAAGGAGCCUGCACCCACCACCCCCAAGGAGCCUGCUCCCACCACCCCCAAGGAGCCUGCACCCACCACCACCACCAAGGAGCCUGCACCCACUACCACCACCAAGGAGCCUGAACCCACCACCCCCAAGGAGUCUGAACCCACCACCCCCAAGGAGCCUGCUCCCACCACCACUCCCAAGGAGCCUCCUGCACCCACCACCCCCAAAGAGCCUGCUCCCACCAGCCCCAAGGAGCCUGCUCCCACCAGCCCCAAGGAGCCUGCACCCACUACCACCACCAAGGAGCCUGCACCCACCACCACCACCAAGGAGCCUGCACCCACCACCACCACCAAGGAGCCUGCACCCACCACCCCCAAAGAGCCUGCUCCCACCAGCCCCAAGGAGCCUGCUCCCACCAGCCCCAAGGAGCCUGCACCCACUACCACCACCAAGGAGCCUGCUCCUACUACCACCCCCAAGGAGCCUGUGCCCACCACCCCCAAGGAGUCUGCGCCCAUCACCCCCAAGAAGCCUGCUCCCGCUGAUCCCAAGGAGCCAGCUCCUGCUGAACCCAAGGAGCCCACUCCAAAAUCUCCUGAGACACUUGCUCCAAGUUCUCCUGAUAUACCUGCUCCAACCACCUCAGAGGCCUCUACUUCAACUACCACCGUGGAGCCUCCCACUACUCUGAAGAGCCCUGCUGAAUCAACUCCUCAACCUCCUAUAGAACCCACACCAAAGGCUCUUGAAAACAGUCCCAAGGAACCUGCAGUACCCACAAUCAAGGCUCCUAAAGUGAACAAACCUGAAAUGACUACAACAGUUAAAGACAAGUCCACAGAAAAAGACAUACAUUCUACACCUGCAAUUACAACAGCUGUAGCUAAGAUUAUAACAGAGGCAGCAACUAAAACAGAAAAGACUACUGAAUCGAAAAUACCAAGUACAACCACAGAUGUAACAUCUACCACAACCAAAGAUACCACGUCAUCCAAAAUUACUCCUAAAGCAACUCUUGCACCUAAAGUAAUGACUUCAACAAAGAAGACGACCGAAAAGACUAAGAACAAACCUGAAAAAACCACAGCUGUACCAAAAGGCAGAGCUACUAAUUCUCAAGUGACAACUCCUAAACUGCAGAAACCAACCAAAGCACCCAAAAAGCCCACUUCGACCAAAAAGCCAAGAACACCUAGAGUGAGAAAACCAAAGACUACGCCAACUCCCCCAAAGACAACGACAUCAGUAAUGCCUGAACCGACUCCCACCUCUUUACCAGAAGCCAUGCUCCAAACCACCACCAGGCCUACCCCAACCCCCAACUCAGAAAUAAUUAAGGUAAACCCAGAGAAUGAGGAUGGAGAUGCUGCUGAAGGAGAAAAACCUCACAUGAUUUUCAGGCCCCCUGUGCUAACUCCUAUAGUGAUUCCAGGCACUGAAAUCAUAGUGAGAGGACCCAGUCAAGGCUUCGGCAUCAACCCCAUGUUUUCAGAUGAAGCUAAUCUAUGCAACGGUAGGCCAGUAGAUGGACUGACUACUUUGCGUAAUGGGACAUUAGUUGCAUUUCGAGGUCAUUAUUUCUGGAUGCUGACUCCAUUCAGUCCACCACCUCCACCUCGGAGAAUUACUGAAGUUUGGGGCAUUCCCUCCCCCAUUGAUACUGUUUUUACUAGAUGCAACUGUGAAGGAAAAACUUUCUUCUUUAAGGGUUCUCAGUACUGGCGUUUCACCAAUGAUAUAAAAGAUGCAGGAUAUCCCAAACUAAUUUCCAAAGGAUUUGGAGGACUAAAUGGAAAAAUAGUGGCAGCUCUCUCAAUAGCUCAAUACAAGAACAGACCUGAAUCUGUGUAUUUUUUCAAGAGAGGUGGCAGCGUUCAGCAAUACACUUACAAACAGGAACCCACCCAAAAGUGUACUGGAAGAAGGCCUGCUAUAAACUAUUCUGUGUAUGGAGAAACAGCACAGGUUAGGCGACGUCGAUUUGAACGUGCUAUAGGACCUUCUCAAGUACACACCAUCAGGAUUCACUACACACCCGUCAGAGUCCCUUAUCAAGACAAAGGUUUCCUCCAUAAUGAAGUUAAAGUGAGUACACUGUGGAGAGGACUUCCAAAUGUGGUUACUUCAGCAAUAUCACUGCCCAACAUCAGAAAACCCGAUGGCUAUGAUUACUAUGCCCUUUCUAAAGAUCAAUACUAUAACAUCGACGUGCCAAGUAGGACAGCAAGAGCCAUUACUACUCGUUCUGGGCAGACCUUAUCCAAUACCUGGUACAACUGUCCUUAGACUGAUGGGCGAAGGAAGAACCAACUAAUUAAAAUGAAGAAACGAAUGAUAAAUGUUGACACUGAAAUACAUUUUAUUAAUAAAGAACGUUGAGAUAAGCACACCAACUUAAA